AUGGCGCCUACUUUCCUCAACGAUGCUAAGGUCAUGAAACUCUACGAAAAGGUCAAACGUCUCCGCCACAACGGAGACCACAGCAAGGCCCUGGAGAUACUCGACGACAUGAUAUCAGUCCACGGAGAAGACGAGAACUUAUGGUUUCUUCGUAAAAAACAGAAUAUUAUAUUCAGAGAUUUAGUGGAAGAAGCCCGUGACGCUGACAUGGAGGUCGUCUACUAUUUGGGGUCUCUAGGAUGCGUUACUGAAGACGUUAUGUUAUCCUUAUCAUCGUUUUGUACACGUGUACUCCUCACACUAGGUGAACGCCUUGGUUCAGUAUUGUAUUACAAGGAAUGUGUUAGAUAUGGUAGACAGGGGUUAUCUGGUUCUUCCUUAGAAGUCUCGGAUCCUGCUGCUGCUCCAGUUUGGGUAUCAGAACUGCUAGAAUUCGGUGCCAGAGAUAAGAAAGAGCUUGAGGAUUCAGUUAAAGAGGCAGAGUUGAGGAUUGGUGAACUCAACACUAUGUGUGUAGAAAUCCGCGUGCCGCGGGAAGUUUGUGAUUCAGAGAAGAGGAGUGUGGAUAGGGUUGGUGAGUUGAGGUCGUAUUGGAUGGGUUUAGAUGUUAAGGUGAAGAGGGAUUUUAUGAAAGUAAGCAUUGAGAAGCUUAGAAGUUUUGUCAAGGGAGUAGAUAAAGGAAAGGGAGUAGAUGUUUUGGAACACGUUCUCGCUAUUGCCAGGGAACACAAGAGUUGGAGAGUUUGGGUGUGUCGAAGUAAAUGUGAUAAGGUGUGCUUUAGUGCUGAAGAGUGCAGGACUCAUCUUGAGCAGAAACAUACUGCAGAUUUGGAAAAGGAUAUGGUGAUGAGGAUAGGGAGAAACUGGGCUAAUAAGAUACAGGAUGGGGGAUGGGAGCCAGUGGAUACAGUAGCUGCCGUUGAUAUGAUCAACACUCAGGUAAAAGUUGUGAAAGAGUUUACAAGUAAAUCUAGGAAGAAGGGAUGGUCAGACCAAUGGCCUUUGGCUGUGGAUGAAGAGCGGAGUGGUUUACUUAAGGAAGUCAAGUUACUCCUUGUGUCGCUCUGUGAGCAUCAGAUUCUCUCUUGCAGCAUUCGAGACUGGGUGAUGCGUUUUGCUGUUAAGCAUCUUAGAAAACUUGAUGUCUCAGAACAGAGUAUAAAGGAUUGUCACAUUCUGGAAACACCACAAAGCAUUUGUUUUCUGGAACGUGAUGAAAUAAUACAAAUCCGAGGUUUUCUAAAAAUGAUCAAGUGUGAAAGGCAUGAUGGCACAGAUGUGGUUAGCAGAGCAGUGGACAGUCUGUUGGAUCGCAUUCGAAUUAAAGAAAACAUCGACUUUGACGAACAGUUUUCCUUGCUGCUUCUGGACAAGAGGCUGUUGAAAAGAAAUAUUGCUUCAUUUGAUGAUGAUCAUAAUGGGAAAAUCCAUUUCAUUGAGAACCCUGAUGUUCACUACGCCAAUGCACAAGCUCAGGGAGAUGAUAUGAUAUCCUGGUUAGGUGACCACUCUUCAGGAGAUAAGAGCUUCCCAAAACCUAUCAGGGAACACAAUCUUGCAGUCUCGGUGACUGUUCUGAGAUUUCUUCACUACACAUGUAGAGCUUUGAGAUCCAAAUAUGCAAAGAAAAAGCAGGUCUUAGAUUACGAAGCAGCUCUUACUGUCGUGGAGAACUUGUGUAUGCUUGAAGAUGAAAGAAGAAAGAUUGUUCAAGAGGAUCAAAGGAACAGCUAUGCUUCUCUUCUCUGCAAGAGAUCCGAAGAGAGACUCCCUGAAAAUUCCCUCACUGCAAAGCUAUUCUUGUGUACAGUACGAGAUGUUUUAAACGGAGCAUGGGAUCUGACAUUUGAUUUCUCUGACUUAGAAGAGUGCAUGAGUCUUAUACGUGAGGGUAAAUGUCUCAGCAAUGAUACAGUGUUGAAGUCCAUAGGGCUUCUGAAAUCAUUGGUCACCGAAAAGGUUCUGCUGAUCGAUGCAAAGAUAUUGCUGAUUGAUAAUUCAAGGAUUAAAUUGUUAGACAACCUCACAAGGCUUUCUGCUUUUGACAACCGCUCUUAUAUGCUUCAUUUUCUGAAACCUUUCUUGCUGAGAACUUCAACGAGCAUGGAUAGUCUUGUUGAUAAGACAGUUGAAAAAAAACCUUCAUCCAACACUGACAUUCAAGUGGAAGCUCCUACAGUUGAAGGAGAUGCAGCCAGAUACAAUUCACCUCUUGACAUGACGCUAAAGAGAACUUCAACGAACAUGGCUAGUCCCGUUGAUAAGCUUGUUGAACAAAGACCUUCUAAGGACCUUGAACCGGUGGAAGAAGAUUCCGUGGAACCAGAAGAAAUUUUAGGAAGUGAAAAAGGUCCAGUGGAAAUUUCAUCCACCAAUGACAUUCAAGAAGAAGCUAACAGUGGUGAUAAAUCAUUCUUAUUAAUAUCCAUUUGCCAUCUUCAAGAUAUGCAAGACAAGCCAGGAGAAGAUUCACUGUCCGGACAUUUGGAGUCAGCACUUGGAGGAGCUGCAACUAAAGACAACUCAGCUCUUGACAUGACACUAAAGAUAACUUCAACGAGGAUGGCUAGUCCCCUUGAACACAAAACGUUUUCUUACAUGUCCAGCAAACCUUCUGUCGACCUUGAACCGGGAGGUACAUCUCAAUCACUAGAAACGAUGGAAGAAGGUUCCAUGGAACCAGAAGUUACUCUUACAACUGAAAAGGGUCCAUUGGAAAUUUCAUUCACCAAUGAUAUUCAAGGAGCUAUUAAAGUUAACAGUGGUGAUAUACUAAACAUGCCUGGAGAAGAUUCAGUCUCUGGAAAUUUGGAGUCAGGACUUGGAGCAACUAGAUACAACUCAGCUCUUGACAUGACGCUCAAGGUAAAGCAACUCCUAAGCCGUCGUCUUCUGAUUCAGCUCAUUCCAUCUCUUUACCUUAUUAUUCUUUUGAUGUUGCAGGCCCUUCUGAACAUAAGCGUUCUUAAAGAACAAGUUCUAAAGUACAAUAAGCAACCAUGUUAUGACAACCUAGAAGAACAAGUUCUUUGUGCACUAGAAAGUUUAUUUACCUCUGUUGUGUCAGAGGAAAUAAAAACUGAAGGAGUCUACAGUCUCAUCAUGAGAGACAUACUCGUGUCCCUGGAUGAAGUUAAUUCCAUGUCACGUGGUGCUGCUGAGGUACUUGUAACCAUCCUUGAGUCUUGGCAUUGCUGGAAAAUUUCAGAAAGAGAAAGCGUGGUGACUCGGCUUUUUACUUUGGAGGAAAAUGAAAGAAUGAGUUGUAGAAAAUGCAGAAGGGAGCCAAAUUACACAGAGCAGAGUUCUUAUGGCAUUGUUAUGGCUGCAGAUUUAAUUAGAAACAUGAAGUGUGCUUUUGAGGAUAUAAAGUUUGUGGAUAUCCUUAAGGUGGACCUCAUGAAUUAUAAAAUGUUAUGUGACAUUGAAACUGGAGGCUGUGGAACAACAAAUUGUGUUCAUCAUGUUAUUAAUAGAUGUCCACCUAUCUUCACAAUCGUGUUAGAAUGGGAAAAGAGUGAAACUGAAAAAGAAAUAGCUGAAACCACAAAGGCUUUGGAGUGGGAGAUAGAUAUUAGCAGGCUCUACAAAGGCUUAGAACCGAACACAAACUACCGGCUUGUGUCAAUGGUUGGUUACAGUGAAGAGGAGGAAGAACACAUCUGCAUGGCUUAUGAAAAGAACCGGUGGGUUAAUCUAAGACGUGAGUCUUUAGCAGGAGAGGUUGUUGGUAACUGGAAGAGUGUGGUUAGAUUCUGUGGAGAAAGGAAGAUUCGGCCAGAGAUUCUGUUCUACGAAGCUGCACCAUCCAUGAUGACCUAACAAGUUUAUCAACAUGGAGAAAGACACUGACAA